CCUCGCGGUGGGCGUUCUCCACGUUGCAUCCUGCCCCCUCGGUCCUUCUUCCAGCGCGGUGGCCGAGCACAUGCAUCUUUCUCGGGGGCUCGCUCGCGCACGCCCUCUCCCGCACCCCGCGACUCCCCACCUGCCCCGGCUCGCCUUAGCCUCUCUUCUUCGGGUGCAUCCCUGAUCCUGGCAUCCCUUCAUCCCGGCCUGCUAGGGUUCGGAGCGUCGGGACGCGGCUGUGGCGGCGGUGCCGAGCUGGUGUGGGAAGCCAAGGCAGGAAAGGCGAACCCGAGUGGGUAGUGAGAGGCCAGCCGAGUCCGUGGGAGCCAGGGAAGCCGAGAAGAGCGAGACAGUGAGUGUGCGCUGCGCGUUGCCCCGGUCGGGGCGGACUCGUGCGGAGGCUCCGAGUCUUCGGAGCGGCUCCCCAGCCUCUGCAGUGAGCCUGCCUGGGUGCGCCCUGGGACCCCGGCACCCAGAUCCCGGAGGUCGGCGGAGAGGUACCCGAGAAAGGCAGUGAUUCUGAGAGUCCGCGGAGGGGAGACGUGGAGGCUGAGCGGAUGGAGGAACAAUGCCGCCUCCAGAAGCAAAGCCUUUCUUGAGCCUUGGCUGGAGUGUGGAGUCUGCUCUCUGCUCUGCUCUCUCCAGGCCUUGAGGCUACUUCUGGGCUUGGUUCCGCCUCUUAGUUUGACAGGAAUUAGAAAGUUGCUCUUCUUCUCUACAAGGUUUCCUUCGAAGUGGCUUUCCGAUCUGCGUGCUGGUUCAAGUCAAGAUGUCACUUUCUGGAUCCCCCGCGAGGAGCGACUAAUAGAUUAUGCAUUGUUGGGCAAUAAACUCUCCCAGGAAGCGAGGGUAGUCCACCCAAAGGUUUAAAGGGUUCACCACUGACUCCUGCCAGCCUCAGCACAAUGCCUUAAAUGACCAAGAGACUGGAUUGCCCUUGGAAUGAGGUUCCUGCGUGCAUAAGAGAGAAAGGUGCUGAGCACCACGUUCAGGUGCUUGGACCCUGCCUGUAGUAGGCCUGUCUUUUGCAUUGGGUCACAGUCUCUGUGAGUUCAUCAUCACUGUUGCAUAUAGAAGAUAAUGUUUCCUUGGAGCCAUCCAGGAUAUAGACUCACAGCUAACCGGAUUUGAUUUAUACGGGGGAAAUCUACAUCAAUGGGCACUCUCACCUCAUUGCUACUAUGGGAAACAGAAUGGUCAAUAGGAGAUGUCCUGAUGAAUAGUGAUGAUUGAAGAUGCGGCAUCCAUCUGUGUGAAAUCAAUGGGAGCUACUUACUGCAUGAAGAGUGCUUUGAGCGUUCCUUCACAAGCUCAUAUUUGAGAAACUGGAGCUGCAUUUUACCACCAUUCCAUCUUUCUCCAGUGGAUACAAAUAUACUUGCCUUGCUGCAUCAGACAAAUAGACAACUAAUGUGGGACCAUGGCACUUCCCAGAUGCAUGUGGCCAAAUUAUGUUUGGAGAGCCAUGAUGGCAUGUGUGGUCCACAGGGGAUCAGGUGCUCCAUUGACUCUCUGCUUGUUGGGAUGUUUGCUACAGACUUUUCACGUACUCUCUCAAAAGUUGGAUGAUGUAGACCCAUUGGUUACUACUAACUUUGGCAAGAUUAGGGGAAUUAAGAAAGAACUCAACAAUGAAAUUUUGGGUCCUGUCAUUCAGUUUCUUGGGGUUCCAUAUGCCGCUCCACCAACAGGAGAACAUCGUUUCCAGCCUCCAGAACCACCAUCUCCCUGGUCUGACAUCCGGAAUGCCACUCAGUUUGCUCCUGUGUGUCCCCAGAAUAUCAUUGAUGGCAGGUUGCCGGAAGUUAUGCUUCCUGUGUGGUUCACUAAUAACUUGGAUGUGGUUUCAUCAUACGUCCAAGACCAGAGUGAAGACUGUCUAUACUUAAACAUCUAUGUCCCAACCGAAGAUGUAAAAAGAAUAUCCAAGGAAUGUGCCAGAAAACCCGGCAAGAAAAUAUGUAGAAAAGGAGAUAUUCGGGACAGUGGGGGUCCCAAACCAGUGAUGGUGUACAUCCAUGGCGGCUCUUACAUGGAAGGUACUGGAAAUCUGUAUGAUGGGAGUGUCUUGGCAAGCUAUGGCAAUGUGAUCGUCAUCACAGUCAACUAUCGGCUUGGGGUACUUGGCUUCUUGAGCACAGGGGAUCAGGCUGCCAAAGGAAACUACGGGCUCCUUGACCUCAUCCAGGCCCUAAGAUGGACCAGCGAGAACAUUGGGUUCUUUGGUGGUGACCCCUUGCGAAUCACUGUGUUUGGAUCAGGCGCUGGGGGUUCUUGUGUCAAUCUGCUGACUUUAUCCCAUUAUUCUGAAGGUAACCGUUGGAGCAAUUCAACCAAAGGACUUUUUCAACGAGCAAUAGCUCAGAGUGGAACAGCCCUUUCCAGCUGGGCUGUUAGUUUCCAGCCUGCAAAAUACGCUAGAAUUCUGGCCACAAAAGUUGGCUGCAAUGUAUCAGAUACAGUAGAGUUAGUAGAAUGCCUGCAGAAGAAGCCUUACAAAGAACUUGUUGAUCAAGAUGUUCAACCAGCCCGAUACCACAUAGCCUUUGGACCUGUGAUCGAUGGUGAUGUAAUACCAGAUGACCCUCAGAUACUGAUGGAACAAGGAGAGUUCCUCAACUAUGAUAUAAUGUUGGGAGUUAACCAAGGGGAAGGGUUGAAGUUUGUUGAAAAUAUAGUAGAUAGUGAUGAUGGUGUAUCAGCCAGUGAUUUCGACUUUGCUGUUUCUAAUUUUGUUGAUAAUUUAUAUGGAUAUCCUGAAGGCAAAGAUGUUUUGAGAGAAACCAUUAAAUUCAUGUAUACUGACUGGGCUGAUCGCCAUAACCCUGAAACUAGAAGGAAGACAUUGUUGGCUUUGUUUACGGACCAUCAGUGGGUGGCACCGGCUGUGGCUACAGCAGACCUUCACUCGAACUUUGGCUCACCUACAUACUUCUAUGCCUUUUAUCAUCAUUGCCAAACAGAUCAAGUUCCAGCUUGGGCUGAUGCAGCUCACGGGGAUGAGGUUCCCUAUGUGUUGGGAAUCCCCAUGAUUGGCCCUACAGAGUUAUUUCCUUGCAAUUUCUCCAAGAAUGAUGUGAUGUUGAGUGCCGUAGUAAUGACAUACUGGACAAAUUUUGCUAAAACCGGUGACCCAAAUCAACCAGUUCCUCAAGACACAAAAUUCAUUCAUACCAAACCCAACCGCUUUGAAGAAGUAGCAUGGACCAGAUAUUCCCAGAAAGACCAACUUUAUCUCCACAUUGGUUUAAAACCGAGAGUUAAAGAGCAUUACAGAGCCAAUAAGGUAAAUCUCUGGCUGGAGCUGGUACCUCAUCUGCAUAAUCUCAAUGACAUUUCUCAGUAUACCUCGACAACAACUAAAGUGCCAUCCACGGACAUCACUCUCAGACCUACAAGGAAGAAUUCCACACCAGUCACAUCAGCCUUUCCCACUGCCAAACAGGAUGAUCCCAAGCAACAGCCAAGUCCCUUCUCGGUGGAUCAGAGGGACUACUCCACAGAGCUAAGUGUCACUAUCGCAGUGGGAGCCUCUCUGUUGUUUCUGAACAUCUUGGCUUUUGCCGCCCUGUACUACAAGAAGGAUAAGAGGAGACAUGAUGUUCACCGGAGGUGCAGCCCUCAGCGCACGACCACCAAUGACCUAACCCAUGCUCCAGAAGAGGAAAUCAUGUCACUCCAAAUGAAGCACACUGACUUGGAUCACGAGUGUGAGUCCAUCCAUCCACAUGAGGUGGUUCUUCGGACCGCCUGCCCCCCAGAUUAUACUCUAGCUAUGAGGAGGUCACCUGAUGAUGUGCCGUUAAUGACACCUAACACCAUCACAAUGAUUCCCAACACUAUACCAGGGAUUCAGCCCUUACAUACAUUCAACACAUUUACUGGAGGACAGAAUAAUACACUGCCCCAUCCCCACCCGCACCCCCAUUCACAUUCAACAACCAGGGUAUAGCCAGAUGAGAGAGACAAACUGUUUUUUGUUUUUGUUUUUGUUUUUCUGAUGGAGUGCAGUAAAAGAUUAUUGGAAGAUUCUUUGGCUUUCAACUCGGAAGACUCUCACUAUUUAAAUAAGGAGGAAUAUUAUGUGAAUAUACAUAUCAAGAACUUCGGGGGUUUUGAAAAAAAUGAAUUGUAUAUAGAUAUACACACAAAUCAACUUUAAAAAAAAAAGCAAAUUCCAAUUGCGUGAAGCAAUUGUUCUGAAUGAUACUUUUUCAUUCACUUUCAAGAAUUAAUUUGUUGAAGAUUUAAGUUACAUAACGGAGUUAGGCAUGUGGAACACCAAACAGGAAAGUACUGUGUCUGAAUACUUUAAAAACAAACAAAAACAAAAAUAAAAUCAACUAUGAGUAUGCACAAGGGACACACCAAUGGAAUGUCAGAUAAUUUCGCCAGUUUUCAUUUGGAGCCCUUUAAUUGUGUAGACCAUAUUUGCUUAAGUACACAGGACACCUAUGCUGUUAAUGGCAUAGCAGAAGUUCAUGCUGAAAAUUGCCAGUAAAACAAAGAAGUUGCCGUAAGACUGGCAGGUACAACAUUAUCACAUAAGUGCUGUCAGUACUAAGUCGUGGGGAUCAAGGAGACUGGAUAUUUUUAGCACGAUGUGCAUGAUAAUUUAUAUGCUUGGUGGCUGUGCUGCUGAUUAAGCCGUAAUUAAAAUUCUUCUCAUCCCAUUGGAGUUUUUAAUAGGAGCUUCCUCCAUCAAUUGGCAGAAACUAAAGAAGAUUUUAUAAGGGGCAAAAGUAAUUACUAUAAAAUAAUUUGCAGUAGUUUCAAUAAUAGAGGGAAUAGUUAUUAAAGUCUUGGGAGAAACUAGAGGUAUAGUGGUGAAUACUCACUGAUAUGAAUCCCAGAAAAAAAUUCUAUGAGUUUAAUAUUCUUUUCAUUCCCUUAUAUGUAAUUUAUAGAAAUACAACUCUAAUUGAACAUGUGUUAGCUGCAGAGCUAUAAUUUGCUGUGGGUUUGUUAUUCUGAAAUUUGCUCCUUUCGUUAACAGUCUUGCAAGGUGUAAGGAUGCCCCAACAGUACCAUUCUGAUUACAGUUCUCAGUCGAUUGAUUUACUCAUGUUGCAUGACAAAAUGUUUACUACUAAGAAUUCAAUAGAAAGCUUAGUCCCUCUUCACAUUGCAUCUUUCUCGCUGAGGGAAACUUGAAUUUACUCAUGAGAUCUCAGUAGAGGAACAAUGUAGGUGCAGAACCUGGGAGAGUCAACAGCUAGAGGGUUUGUCUUUCACAUAUGUGCAAUUUCAAAUGAAUUCUCUAAGACCACAGGAAUCUCUGAAUCCCCUGUUGUUUACCAGUAAUAUCAGUAUAUCACAGACCUUUCCAAAUGUUUGUAUAUGUAAUCAGAUGUACAUUUAUAUUAAAAAAAAACAAUGAGAUGGACUUCAAGAGCACAUCCUGAUCAAUGGUUUCUCUCUUAUCUGUACUAUAUUUCUAUUAGACUAAAGUUAUGUGAUUUUUUUUUACCUUUUUUCAGACGACUAGCAAUUUUGAUAGUUUGUAAGAUAACGCAAAGGACUUUCUCUGACUAACUGCAGUAACAGAAACCUUUCUUUCCAGCUACCCUUUUUCAAGAAUUGAAAGCUUAUUAUACAAAAGCAAACACUUGUAUACUACUCGGUGGGAAGGAUGCUGUGUAUCUCGACCACAUCCGUGGUCCUUGGGUGAAAUAAAGAUAAUAUGGAGAAUGGCGAUUAGUCAAAUGCUAAGAGACAUGAUCUUUGCUCAUUAAAGAGCUAAAACAUU